AACUAAGAAAUGACAAUAAUCUGGUGUGUUGGCCUUAUUCCUGCUUUUUUGGCUAUCUUUGUAAAAGCCGAAAUAGAGAAAUCGGACAUCAUCAGAUCAUAUCUGCAUGACUGUGCUACAUUUGUGUCUAACGCAGAAGAAGAGCCGGACAGUGAGUACAUGUACCAUUUGGAGACGUUGGGCUCGCUCCGCACCAAGCAGGUGAACAGUUCAAACCCCGUGACACUGUGUGGCUUAACAAUGUGUAAAGAACAACGAUUAAAAUAUACUGUAUACGAAAAGCUCAAAAGUGGAGGAGAAUAUACACGAAUAUACUCCGAGGAAGUCUCUAAAGUCUUAGACGCUCCGAAAAUGACUAAUAUGCAUGUGGUAACAACAACAGACAACUCUGCUGUACUGCGCUGGACACUUCAAAAUUACCGAAGUUGCAAGGACAAGGAGUUGGUGUUCUUCCUCUUUGGCAAGGAAACGAUCAUGCAACUUGCUAAGGGACAGGAGAUCCGAAUUCCACAUCUAUCAUCUAAUGAAAAGUACUCAGUCUACGCUUUCCCAAAUAGUGUGGACAAGGAAAUACGUAUCUUCACGACCCCAAAGCUUGAGCUCACAAUGAAAUAAAUAUGAACACUCAUAUAAUUGAUUUCUGGUUAACUCCAUUGAACAAAUAUCUGACCUUUCAUUGUUAGUCAACACACUAUUCAUAUACUUCUUCAGUUGAUCUAUUUGCUUCAAGUUAGCGGUUGCAUAAGAAUGCCAUUUUCCUUUUUUGCUUCAACUUGGUCAUACCUUACCAGACGAUAUCAACUUCACCCAUUUCUUGAUAUUUGCAUAUUCCUUUAUAUUUUCUCGGAUAAAUUCAUUGAUCUCGACAGUCUGCAGUGUUUCUUACCACUGCCACAUCCAUUUUGAACAAUAAUUUGUACCCAACAGUGCUGUUUACAUUUACCGCAUUCCCAGCAGAAAUAAUCGCACUACUUAAUUUGCCAUGUUUAAUUCACAGUACAUGAAUACUUUCCAUUCCUUAACAAUUUUAUUUGUCAUUAUUUAUUCAUCAGUAUAACAAUUAUUGUUUGACGUGUAGUUUGUCAAUAUUUGAAAAGAUAUCACAUAUACAGCACUAUCAUAUC